GCAGUGUUACUAGUUGUAUGUGUGAAGGUGCGUUGUAUAUUCAGUCAUCAUGGAGUCAUUAUUAAACGCAGAUAGCCUUGUGGAGUGGUCAAACGGUUUUGAAUCCGUUCAUAAUAAAAAAGGUACUUUCCGGAGCCCGAAGUAUAAUGAAGUACACAAGAGGUCUAUCGAAAAACCCGAAGAAUUUUGGGGUGAGGUAGCAGAACUUAUAACCUGGACUAAACCAUGGACGAAAGUAAUGGAUAAUUCUAAUGAGCCUUUUACAAAAUGGUUUGUUGGGGGAGAACUGAAUGCUUGUUAUAACGCCGUCGAUCGUCAUGUACAUGGAGGAAAAGGGAAAAAAGUUGCCUUGAUUCACGAUAGUCCACUAACCCAAACCGUUCAGAAAAUAACUUAUUUUGAGCUACUGGAUAAGGUUUCUCGUUUGGCUGGUGCACUCAAUAAGCUUGGCGUAAGGAAAGGAGAUCGGGUUGUAAUAUACAUGCCAGUCGUACCUGAAACUAUUAUAGCCAUGUUAGCAGUUGUUCGGCUGGGGGCCAUACACUCUGUGGUGUUUGGAGGUUUUGCUGCUAGCGAACUUGCCCUCCGUAUAGAACACGCAACUCCAAAGGUAGUCAUCGCUGCCAGUUGUGGCGUCGAACCUGGUAAAGUAAUUAAUUAUAAACAAAUGCUUAAUGAAGCAAUAAAGAUUAGCUCAUUCAAGCCACGCAGAUGCAUAAUCCUUGAGCGAGGUAACAUCCAGAAAUCGGUAUUAAAUAAAAAUAUGGAUAUAUCGUGGGAUAAUGCAUUAAAUAGUAGCGAUCCCCAUCCAUGUGUUCCAAUUAAAGCCAAUGAUCCGUUAUACAUUUUGUAUACAUCGGGAACUACAGAUAAACCAAAAGGUGUAGAAAGGACAGUUGGUCAUUUAGUACCAGUUGCGUGGUCUAUGAAGGCUAUACACGGAAUGGAGAAUGACGACGUUUGGUGGGCGACGAGCGAUUUUGGAUGGGCAGUGGGACAUACGUAUAUGUGUUAUGGACCUUUAGUAUGCGGAUUAACAAGUGUUUUGUAUGAAGGAAAGCCAAUUCGAACUCCUGAUGCCGGCCAAUACUUUCGCAUUAUAGAAAAAUACCAAGUAAAUGCUAUGUUUACGGUUCCAACAGCUCUACGUGUUAUUAAACGUGAAGAUCCAUGUACCAUUAUUGGCAAGCAAUAUGACAUCAGUAGCAUAAGGUGCUUGUUUUUGGCAGGAGAACAUUUAGAUCACGAAACAAAAAUGUGGGCAGAAGAUGCAUUUGGUGUUCCAGUAUUAAAUCAAUGGUGGCAGACAGAAACUGGUUAUCCUAUUACAGCUACAUGUGCUGGAUUGGAUCACAACUUACAUCCGCCAAAGCUGACUGUAGGAUUGCCUUUUGCAGGUUACGAUGUACGCGUACUGUCAAAAAAUGGAUCCGAAGCUAAACCAAACGAAAUUGGAGAUGUAGUCAUUAAGCUACCUUUACCGCCGGGAACGUUCAGUACGUUAUAUAAAGCUUACUCUAGGUUUUGCAAAACGUACUUUAGGAGGUACCCGGGUUUCUACGAUUCUAUGGAUGCAGGUUACAUCGAUGAACAUGGAUAUGUGUACAUCACAGCCCGUGUGGACGAUGUAAUUAAUGUUGCUGGUCAUCGAAUUUCUACAGCUGCGAUAGAAGAUGUAGUUAUGAGUCAUCCUGAUGUCACUGACGCAGCAGUCGUGGGAGUUUCGGAACCCAUAAAAGGACAAACCCCACUGUGCUUGUUUAUAAUGAGGCAAGACACCAAUAAGAGCGAGAGUACCCUUGCUAAGGAGUUGGUGAGUAAAGUUCGUGAAUCAAUUGGCCCGAUAGCGGAUCUUCAUUUGUGCGUGGCUGUCAAAGAGCUACCACGAACAAGGUCCGGAAAAGCUUGCAGAAAAUUAGUCUCUAAAUUGGCGGACGAUCAAUUAUUCGAGAUUCCUGCAACUGUAGAAAACGCUUCAUCAUUUAAGGAUAUAGCGAAGGCACUUCAAAGAAUCGGUUACGCCCGUAAUCCCCCCGUAUUGUUGUAGAAUUUCGCUAAUUGUAGUUACCUACUUAUUAAAAACACCUUUGUUUACUA